AUGAUGCCUCGCCAAUACGCUCAAGUACCCGCUAGCGCGUCCGGCAGAGAUGGGUCUGCGAUGGCUGGCGCAGGUCGUACUGCUGACCCACGGGAUAAGUACGCACACUUACCCUUCGCUAAGCUUCCUACUACCGAAGAGAUUCUCGGAAGCAUUAGGGGCUCAAAAGGAACCCCUUUUGCUCCUCAACGGGGUGAGAACCGUGGAAGCGAUAGGCACGGUACGUCGGUGAACGGUCGGAAUUCCUUCGCUGCUUUUGAUGCCGCAGAUCGGAAUCUUUCGACUGCUUCACGUCGUCCAGCUCAUCGUCCAAGCCAUCCUUACCUGGAUAGGUCCACGAUCGAGUUCCGCGGAAGUCAAGUCAAUUCUUAUUCGGAUGCCCAAAAUGGACAUGGUCAACAGACCAAUGAUCCCCGGCAGCAGGAUGUGAAAUCGCCUUGGUGGAGGAAGGAAUAUCGUAGCCCGACAGGCCACAAGAUGCGCGAACAUAUUCGCCGUCCUAAUGACUUGGGGCGCUCGCCGAAAAUUAUAAAUUACGAUGUGGAGCAGAUGAUUCUACCCCCGGAAUUCCAAGAUUUCCAGAAUAAAGUCCCCUGGUUGAAGAAUAAGAAGCUAGGUAUUGACGCAAAAGGGCGACGAUACAUGAGUAGAAAGCGUGAGGGGCACAAGCCGCGGCGUUCAAACAAUCCGCAACGUCCACAACCUGAAGCUGAGCCUGAUCAUGGUGGUUGA